UGAAGUAUUAAUUUUAAAAAGUUUGAUCACAUCAUAUACAAAUUUUGAAAAUUUGAGAUAAACCCUAAACAUCGCGCGGUGGGAUGUCUGAGAUUCUUGCGGAGAAGCUCUGAUACUGUCUCAAUUUGAAGAGAUGGGAGCUAGUGAGAAGUGCGGACAGUUUUGUCCACUAAUUCAUCACCAAUGCAGUCUGAAUCCAGUUGUUUCUUUCUUCAAAGUCAUCGUCAGCAAUGAAUUCUUGGAAACUCUGUUUCUGCCUCCUACAUCUGUUAAAUAUGUGUCCCACUUGGUUGGUCAAGAAAUAUAUCUUGAGGACUCUAUUGGAGUUAAAUCAAAAGCAACUGUAUCAUAUUGUAAAGGUACACUGGCUAUCAAUCAGGGAUGGCGCCAAUUCUCGUUGGACCAUAAUGUUGAAACGGGGGACUUUGUGCUGUUGUAUUUGAUGAAUGGACCUGUAGGGCACUUUGUUGUUCACAUAUAUGGCCGAAGUGGUUGUCUGAAAACCAACUUUGAUGCACCUUCAGAGAGAAGUAACAAAAGAGCACGGACUAUCAGAAGCUUACCUGAACAAGAUGAGGCUGCAGGCAUAAAUUCAAUGAACAAAGAGGGUUCUCCUACUUCUUUUGCAACUAUGCCAGGCUUUGGAAACAAUCAUCACCAGCCCCCCACAAUCACACACACUCCAAUCAUUGAUGUAGAUAGUGGAAGGAAACAAUCCAGUCCACCUGUCAUGCAUUUUGAAGAACCAUUUUAUAUGUCUGGUCAAGAUAUUGGAUACAAUCAAGAGGAAAACAGAAUGCAUUUAUUUGACCUAUCAAGUUUUGAAAUGCCGGCAUUCAGGCAUGCUGAAGGAAACAACAACUUUUCAAAAGGUAAAAAUGAUCCUCUUGAUCUUGUUCAGCAAGAUGUGCAGUCAGAAAAGGAUACUACGUCUCUGAAUGAUCUUGUAUUCACAACCAAGAGAGAAGCCUACCACUCUCCAGGCAGGAUUCUUAUGGAUUCCAAUGGAAUAUCUCACUUUGAUGAAAAAAUGAAACCAGAAGAGAAAGAUCUCAUGCAGGUGAGAACACAAGGUGUGACCCAACCAAGAUCUGAAAUGCCAGCAAGUAGACCUGCUGAAAGAAAGAGGAUUUUAAUAGGAGACAAAGAAGCUAUAGAACAUGCUGAGAGUGAAGUUAUUGUUUUAAAGGAAAAAAGUUUCAGAGAAAGUAUUAUGUCAUGUAAGAAUAAAAAGAGCCCCUGCACAGGCAGUGCUCAGAUGGCCAGAGCACAACGUGGUGCCAAAGAAAGUAUUACACCAUGUAAGAAGAAAAAGAGCCCCGGCAUAGGCAAUGUUCAGAUGGCCAGAGCAGAAUGUGGUGGAGCAUCUGACGUUGCUAAGGAAACGAGAGUAGUUAAAAGAGAACCAGUGGAGGUGGGGAACGAAGAUACAGGAAAUGAACGGAACUUGAGAAGCAAGUCUUACAUAAAUGUCAAAAGUGAGCCCGUUGAUUCAGCAGAUACACCAAUACUUGCUGCUCCAUCCAAUGACUCCUUUCUGGUGAUGGUUGAUCAUCAGGAUUUUCUCGAACUACCAGAUUCAUGGCCUAGCAUAAGAACCCGAGAAAAUAAGAUUAUAUUCCUCGAAGAUCCAACUAACAGAGUUUGGCCGACUUUAUACCAGAAGAAGCAGCAGUUGAGAGUUUUAGCAGGUGGAUGGAAAGACUUCAGUGUGGCUAACGAGCUUAAACCAGGACAGGAAUGUGUUUUCCAAGCCAAAGGAUUCCCUUAUUACAGUGUUGAUAUUAGACGUAAGUAGGAAUGCAGGAUGGCAAAGGAACCAACCCGCUUGACUUUUUGAAGGUUUUUUGCGCGGUGAACAGCUGACUGUAUAGUUUAGUUUUGUAGGCAUUGCAUUGCUCACAGGUGCAGAAGCAAUGGAAAAUUGGAAAUGGUUCUUGAAGUGUUUUCUGUGCUGCUGCUGCAGCACUAUCUUUUUGUCUAGCUUUAGUCUAAAUGAUGAAGCUCUGUACUCUUUGUGGGUUGGAACUUCAUCAGUUUAUCUUUUGCAAAGCAGUAGACAAAACAUAUAUGCUAAAAAAGAUUCACAU